AUGGCCUCUGUUGAGUCGGUUGUCAAGCUCCUUCUCCAAAAGCUGGCUGACCCGCUCAUUCAAGAAGCCAUUUUCUUAUAUGGGGUUCGUGAUCAAAUUGAAUGGCUGGAGGCAGAAUUUACGCAGAUGCAAUGCUUCCUGAAAGACGCAGAUGCCAAACAAGAAGGAGAUGAAAGAGUGAAAAGCUGGGUGCGGAAUGUAAGAGAUGUGGCAUACUAUGCUGAGGAUGUCAUCGACACCUUCGUCUUCAAGAUAGCACCCUCAAGGCAAAGAGGACGCAUUAGAAGGUAUGCUUUCAUAUUCAAUGAGUUCAUAGCUCUCCAUAAGGUGGGCUUGGAGAUCGAACGGAUAAAGAAUAAAAUCCAUAUGAUCUCCGAAAGUCGGUUGGCUUAUGGAAUUGAAAAUAUAGGCCAGGGAGCAGGAACGAGCUCUGCCGGUAAAAGCCUCCGAGAGUGGAGGCUCACUUCUCCUCUUGUUGAAGAACCAGAUUUUGUUGGCUUUGAGAAGGACUUGAAGGAAUUGGUUGCCAGAUUGACAGAGGGAGACCGUCGUUGUGUUGUUUCUGUAGUUGGAAUGGGUGGUCUGGGUAAGACUACUAUUACCAAGAAAGUUUAUAACAACACCCAUGUUAAGACACAUUUUGACUCUUGCGCAUGGAUCUCUGUAUCGCAAGAGUUUGGUGUGAGAGAUCUUCUUCAGAACAUCAUAAAUUGCUAUAUGGUGCUCUCAGAAGAAGAGCUCAAGAAAGUGGAGAAAAUGGACGUCUUUCAGCUGAGGCAUAAAAUUUCUAAGUAUUUGCAAAAGAAGAGAUACCUGAUGGUAUUAGAUGAUAUAUGGACAAACGAAGCAUGGGAUGUUCUCAAGGAUGCUUUACCAGAUAUGAAGAAUGGAAGCAGGGUCAUGCUUACUACGCGCAACAAAGAUGUUGCUUUACAUGCUGAUGCACGAAGCACGCCGUAUGAAUUGCGAUUUUUAGAAACAAAUGAAUGUUGGGAAUUGUUUUGUAGGAAAACAUUCCCAGGACAAGAUACUGGUUGCCCUCAGGAAUUGAAGCAGUUAGGAAGAGAAAUUGUGGGGAAAUGCCAUGGUCUACCUCUUGCCAUUGUAGUCAUCGGAGGGCUCUUAUCAAGGAAAGAAGCAUGGGAGUGGGAGAAUGUACGCAAGAGCAUUAGCUAUCAAUUGGUGGAAGGACAGUCACGAAUCUCUAGUAUAUUAUUUUUGAGUUAUAAAGAUCUUCCCUAUCACCUGAAGCCAUGUUUUCUCUACUUGGGUAUUUUUCCAGAUGACUAUGAGUUCCAGGCUACGAAAUUAAUUCAAUUGUGGGCCGCAGAAGGGUUACUACAACAGAGAGGGGACGAAGCAGUGGAGGAGGUGGGAGAAGAUUAUCUGAAAGAGUUGAUUCAACGUAGUAUGAUUCAACUUGUCAAAAGAAGUUCAAGUGGGGGUAUUAAAAGUUGCCGUAUUCAUGAUCUUUUGCGGGAUCUUUCUAUAUCAGAAGCAAAGGAAGAUAAGUUUCACCAAGUUCAUCAUGAGAAUGUGGAUGCUCCAUCCACAUCUACAGCCCGUCGACUUGCUAUUUACCGUAAUGCCUUAACCGAGUGCACUUCCUUAAAAUCUUCCACUCCACGCCUUCGAUCUGUGUUUAUCCACACCCAAGUUGAUGAGAGGCAUUACAUAGAGAAACCCGAGAAGUUUCUUUACCAGGGCUUUAAAUUACUCAGGGUGUUAGAUCUACAUGGUAUAGCGAUAAAAAAGCUACCAAGUGAGAUAAAUGGACUGAUACACUUGAGGUAUCUUGGGUGUACCAACACUUGGUUAAAAAGGCUCCCAUCAUCUAUGGCCAAUCUUCACAAUUUACAAACAUUAAUUGUAACAACUUACCAAAAAGUCCUCAACAUACCCAGCAUAAUGAUGAAGAUGCAACAGUUAAGACAUUUACAAGUGGGUUUAGGAAGUCGCAGGGCUUAUUAUGGUCAGGGUGUGAUAGAACAGUAUCAACAAUUCAAUGGGAUAAGUAACCUCCAAACUCUAACAUGGAUAAACGCUGGCGAAUGGAUGUAUGAUUGCUUUGGAAAGCUUACAAAUCUUAGAAAGCUGGGAAUAUGUUUAAGCGAAGAAAAGUAUCAUUCCAUAUUUUAUGAAUCGAUUGUGAAAUUGGAAUGCCUGGAAUCCUUGGUUUUGUUGGGUUGCAAAUUCCCAUCGUUGGUGCGUUUUGUACAUCUUCCCAAGUUAAGCAAGUUGCGUUUGUUUGGAAAGUUAGAGAAGUUACCGGAGUAUACUGAAUUGCCAACAAAUCUCACCAAGCUCACCUUGUCACACUCUUCUUUAGAACAAGACCCAUUGGUGACGUUGGAGAAGCUGAAAAACCUCCGCAUUCUCAGAUUGUUGAUGCAUUCUUACGAGGGUGUGAGGAUGGAUUGCUCUUCAGGAGGGUUUCCCCGACUCGAAUCCUUACAUCUUGAACAGUUACUCCAAUUAAGGGGCUGGAUAGUGGAGGAAGGAGCUAUGCCAAGUCUUUUACAUUUACGUAUUCGUUGCUGCUGGCAAUUGACGCUUCCGGAAGGACUGCAACACAUGACUACCCUCAAAAGAUUGGAGUUGUGGGAUAUGCAUCUGUUCGACAAAUCAUUCUUCGAAGGAAACAAGGGAAAAAACGGAAGGGAUUGGUAUAAGAUUCAACACAUACCCUCCAUCGACAUUACAUACAGAGAGUUAUCCUAA